AUGCCCCAUUCGGACGGUGUGCUAAUACAGGGCGGUACCGUGGACGUCUUUUAUCCCUUCAAGAUGGCUGCAGCGCGCGAGGAGACAGAGAGAUCGACUCGCAGCGCGCAGCAGAUGUCUUGUUGUUGUGAGGACCGAGGACUGACUCUCGACUCGGUCCUGGGGUUGUGUCUGGAGGUGUCAAAUCCGGUGGUGAGGGGCCAAGAAGUGUUCUCAACUAAGCCCUGGUGUCGCAUUCGCAUGCUUUUUAUUUUCUCUAUACACACAGCACUUAUAUUUCAAUACUUAAGUGAAAAUAAAUAG